GAAAAGAAAAUACAGCGCAUUCAAGGUGUCACACUUCCAGCCGUGCAAAGGAAUAAAACACUCGCUGCGGUCUGCGCAUUUCGCAUCGAGCACGUCCUUCUUUUUUCUCGGAGUUUCUUCUUUGGUUUUUCUCAUUUUUCGUUUCAGUCUUCUUUAGUCAACACCGCUGUCCUUUUUCUGUUGUCGCUGGCGCUGUUCGUGUUUGUUACUUCACCAUGACGGCCGCCUCACAGGAGAUGGCGGAUUUACUCCGUGAAGUGCAGAAACUGCAGAAGGAGCUGCAGCCGGUGCGCUCCGCCGUCGCCGCGCUGCAGAAGCGCGAGUCCGAGACGCCCAACCCGGCCGCGGCGGGGGCGUCGCUGCACAAAGUGGCGGCGCGACUUGCCGCAGUGAAGCACAAAUACGAGCCCUUUCUGGCGCGCUUGCAGCAACUUGUCGCGGACGAAGUGCCAGCCUUCUUGCAGCAAACGCCGCUGUUGGCCAUGGGCGAGGAGGCUUUCGAGGCCAAGGCGGCCACCGACGCAGGCCAAGACACCGGAGCAGGUCUCACCCCUGCAGCCGCGCGCAGCUCUACUCGCAGUGCAGUCGGUGAAGCAAACCCGUCAACGCUGCCCGCGCAAGAGGAUGCUGCCCGUCUUCUUCGCGAGGUCUGCCCGCCUUCUAUACCCCACCUCCUCCAGCCAGAAAACCUGCGGUUCACGCAACAGCAGCUGCGCCUCCGCGCGGAGAUGGUCGAGUACCUCAUCGCCACCGACCGCCUCGCCAUCGCUGACCACGUGGCCCGGUCCUACGGGCUGCCGGUGCAGUGGUUUCCGCGACUUGUUGCGCUGCGCCGCGAGCGAACGUACGGUGAUGCCGCUGUAGCCCACGCAGCGUCCACCUCUGCUGCUGCCGCCCCAGCGACGAACGGGGUGCACAGCCCAACGGCUGGGCUGCACGCCGGCGCGCCUACGCCGAUGGCCUCGCCGCUGGUGAUGCCCCCGCCCCGCCCACGCGAUCUCAGCGGUGGUGGCGUGGCGCCAAAGUCGCCGAUUCAGCUGCCUCCUUCCUCGGCCCCCGCGCGUCCAGGCAGCGCAAGCGCAACGCCGACCCGCCAAGCCGGCUCGCCUGCUGGCCAGACCGUCCCUGGUGCUUCCGAAUCCUUCACCGCCCUGCCGCCAUCUGCGCGUCCUCCACAGCAACGAGACGGGCAGAGCCCUUCUGUCCCCCCAACUCACCGCAGAGGAAGUAGUGCAGCUGUGGAGGAAAACGGUGCUUCCGCCGCUGCUGCUGCUGCUGCUGCUGCUGGUACGUCGUCGCCUUCGGCUGCUACCGCCGCAAUGCCUGACUUGGUGGCGCGGGUGAUCAGCGCAGCGAUGUUCCUAAAAGACGACUACAUGGAUCGCAUGGUGCUGGAGCGAACACUGGAACAGAGCGUCGGGCUCGUGUCUGCUCCGCAGUCGCCAACUACGAACUCUGACGCAGAGAGCGCCCAUCGCACGCUCUUGGAGCAGUACAAGACGUGUGUGCUCAGCCGGAUCGCGCACAUCCCUCGGCAGCACCUGCAUACGCAGUCAGGUGACCCGGUUUUCGACAGCGUCAUGAUGAACGUCAUUGAGGAUCUUCUCGUGUACGGACUGCAGCGGUGGGCUGAGGACGACACCGGAGUGCCGGACGCUUCCGCCGAGGUCCAACGUGGAGUGGAAGUGGCAGAGGCGCUCGCAGCUGAAACAAAGAAGCGCAAAGCUGAGCUGCUGCGGACCUUGACGACCGACACCUUCUUGACGGCUGAAGAAAUGCUGCUAGCGGACAAAGUAUGGAGCGAGGACGUUUUAUUUCUUAAGCGGCCGACGAGGUUUUACUGCGUGGAAACCGGUCUCAGCACGGACGAGUCAGCCGGACCUGAGGGCACCGCACCGCGAGCUCGUGCCACCGGUGAGGUGAUCUCACAACUCGUUGCCGAGGCGGAGGGCGCGCUGGAUGCAACGACAGGAAUCUUUAUUACCUAG